GUUUACUUAAUUCGUUAUCAGCUCGCAUGAUUCGAAAUCAGCUUAGGCGCCAAUGACCGGCUCUCCACUAUUGCUUGUUGGGGCUACCGUGGCAGUUGCAGUUAAUUUCCCCAACCGCAACGACGCGGGGCAGCCGUGAUUCACCUUAAUAGCUUUUUUUUUAUUGUGUGUGUAAAAUGUUUUUGCACGUAACGAGCUCAACUAUUGAAUUUGCUAAAUAGUUUAACAAGCAAUAAUUGGGCCGACAUGCAGGUUGAUAGUUGCACCAGCAACUCAUCUGAGAUCCCCGACCCCACAAAGCGUGAAGCGUGGAACAGUGGGAAAAUGCAGUCGUCGCCGCAUUCCAAAGAUGGUCAUAAUGCAGCGGGGCCUAGCAAGCUGGUCCAGGAUCAGCAGGCAGCCGAGGACUACCUGCAGCACCUGAUGACGAAGGGCAGUCAGGAGGGCGACAGCGGGGCAGACUUGGAGCUACCUUCAUGGUACGAUGAGCAGCUAUUCAGGCGUGGUCAGAGCUACUUCAGCACGUAUCGCUUCGUAAUGAACGCCGGAAUGCUGGCUGGUCUUAUAGCUGUGCUAGCUAUUCCCUCUAUUCUUCGGGUGCUGUCGUGCACACGUCAAUCCUCGACAGCGUUCACCGCCUACCGUCGCUAUGUGCGUACUAUAUUCCACACGCAAGCCUGGUAUAACCACAACAUUGCGGACCGUGGGAGCAGGUUCUGGACCAGUAUUGCGGCCGUGAGACGGGCCCACAGUCGCUCCAGUCAUGCGUGCGCCCGCAAAGGAGCUGGGCAGAUCACCCAAAAGGAUUUGGCCCUAACACAGUUCGGAUUCAUUGGCUUCAUAACGAUGGGCGCUCAUCGCAUAAAGCUGAACGAUCAUGACUUCCUGGAGGCCACGACGCAUAUGUGGCGCGUUCUCGGCUAUCUGCUGGGCAUCAAGGAUGAGUACAACAUCUGCGCAAGGAACUGGGCGGAAUCAAAGCUUCGCCUGGACAUUGUGAUGCGAAAGGUAUACGAACCAGCUCUGACGAACACUGGUGAGGACUUCUACCGAAUGACCGAGGCGUUGAUUAAUGGCUUGUGGCACAUGAACACCAUGCUUUCGGUAAACGCCAACAUAUUCUUCGCCAAGCGAUUGGCCUGCGUUAAGGGCUACGAGUACUUCAGUUUCGAUCAUGAAAACGGCGUGGAACGGGAUCCCCAGCAGAAACUGCACUACUACGACAUGGGAUGGUGGGAUCGUUUCAUAGUCAGCUACGGCCUAUUCCUUGUCACAUAUCUGCACAGGUACGCCCUGGUGCGAUGGUAUUUCAACUUCCGCAUUUGGCUGGGUGACGUACUGACCUAUUACUUGCCCUACGUCGCCAUUUGGAAGUUUGGCCCAAAGUUCGCGUAUGUGCGGAUCUUCAGGAAGGGAGGGGAGGCCCAAGAUUUUACCUCGGGCUUGAAGGACGAUUAGAUUGUGUUGUUUUUGUAAGACUAAGUCAUUAGGUAAAUUAUUAAUAAAUACGUAAUUAAAA